AUGGCACCUUUCAAGCCAAGGGUAGCUGGUUUGGGGAAGGGGAGGGGAUGGGAGGGCAGGUCCAGAGCAGAGUGGGUGGAGUGGAGGGGGCAGACUGAAGGAAAUGAGACAACCUUUUCCUCCCACCGACUCGUGAUCCUCCUGCGUCUGCUGGGGUUACCACCGCCGCCUGUGAGCGCCCAGGCCGGGACCGCGUGCCCACAGGUCUCCACUGGGGUUUCUUUCCGAAUCGCCAGUGCCAGCCUCAACCUUGGCCACAGCUUUGCUGCGUCCUCCUCUCAGGGAUCGGCUCCCGGUCCCCCGGCUCCGCCCCCAGCACCAGGAGCCAGGACCCCGGAAGUGCGUGCUGGCGGCUCCGGCGAAGAAAAUCCCGAGGGAGCAGCUCUGUACUUUGUCUCUGGUGUGUGUGUUGGACUGGUCCUCACCCUAGCUGCCUUGGUGAUGAGGAGCUCUUGCCACACAGACUGCUGUCAGCGUUCCCAGAAGCUUCUGAAGGACCAAGAAAGCAGCAGCAACAGCAGCGAUAGCGAGGAUGGCAGCUUGGAUGCAGCAUCUGACAUCUCAGUCAGGAGACAUCGGCGCUUUGAGAGGACUUUGAACAAGAAUGUCUUCACCUCAGUGGAGGAGCUGGAGCGAGCCCAGCGGCUGGAGGAGCGGGAGCGUAUCAUCAGGGAGAUUUGGAUGAAUGGCCAGCCCGAGGCUCCCGGCACUAGGAGCCUGAACCGCUACUACUAGGGGCCGGAGCAGGAACCCAUAGCCCACUGUUUAGCUGCCUGGGAGAGAAAGGGCCCCGCAGAGACAGUGGGCACUGAGAGUUGAAUGCAGUUCUGCUAAUGUUAUGGUGGCAGAGAUAAGCAGGACACUGUCAUUUUUUAAACAGUAAGACAGAUUUGUCCCUUUUGGCUACAUGGAGAAGUAGAAAAACCAAGUCGUUUUAUCAACCUUUCUAGAUCUUGGAAUGGUGCUGAAAACCCUCUCCAGCAAUGUGGAUGGAGAUUAGAGGAAUGGGACUUGUGGUGUGGUUUCUCUUGAUUUCUGAGGAUCUCAGAAGUUUCUGCAGACUUCAUUGCUAUGUUUUAUUUCUAUAGAAAAGGAAAUAUUAUUAUAGCAAGAGGGCUAGGGAGAGCAGGGUUACCUUAACUUAGUAAAUACAACUUAAAUGACUGCUUGCCAUGGAGGUGAUUUUGAUCCAGGUAGCAUGAUCCAUGCUUAUUAUUUAAGGCCUAUUUUCAAAUCUUGUAUUGUAAUUGCAACCUCUUCCAUUUUAAAUGGCACCUCAGGGAUUAAAAUCCUGUUUUUUAUUACAGUUACCACUUCACUCAUGAAAAUGAAUAAUGUAUUAUAGGAGAUGUGUCAGUGAACUAGAAAAAUGUCAAUAACCUCAAAGGAUGAAGGGUUUUAUUUUAAAUAGCUUCUAAGGACUCUAUUAACGUGCAUUUAAUGCUGUAUGCAUUUGAAAAUGCUGCAGCAGAACAAAAGCCGUGUCUCCCCCCUUUUGGAGAAAAGAAAACUUUAUGACUCUAGAUAAUCAUGACUUUAAACAUUUUGUUAAAAAAAUAAAAACCAUGUUUGGAUUUAUAGUAAGAGAAUGGGAAUGGGAGGUGAGGAAUAAAGCCAAAAUCAGGUUGGGAUAAAAAAAUAAAAGUUACAUAAAA